AUAAGUAUGCGCGGUGUUGCUCGCAGCUUGCUUUCCUGGGCGGGAACAGCAAAAUGGCGCCAGAGAUAGUGGCGGGCUGAGGACUGCACUGGCUCCCUUCGAAGUCCACUCCGCGGCCCCCAGGCCGCCGCCACUCCUCCGGGACAUGGAGGACGUGGAGGCGCGCUUUGCUCAUCUCCUGCAGCCCAUUCGCGACCUCACCAAGAACUGGGAGGUGGACGUGGCGGCCCAGUUGGGCGAAUAUCUGGAGGAGCUGGACCAGAUCUGCAUUUCUUUUGAUGAAGGCAAAACCACAAUGAACUUCAUUGAAGCAGCACUGCUGAUCCAGGGCUCUGCCUGUGUCUACAGUAAGAAGGUGGAAUACCUCUACUCACUGGUCUACCAGGCUCUGGAUUUCAUUUCUGGGAAGAAGAGGGCCAAGCAGCUCUCCUCGGCUCAGGAAGAUGAGGCCAACUGGGCCACUAACUCGAGGCCCCCGCAGGAGGUGGAGGAUGAGUUCCUGUCACUGGAUGAACUCCCUGACACCCGGGCCAGUGUGGAUUUGAGGAGCAGCCAGGUGCCCAGUGAGGUCCUCAUUAUCCCCCUCCUGCCCAUGGCCCUGGUAGCCCCGGAUGAGCUGGAGAAGAGCAGCCACCCGCUGUACAGCUGUCAGGGGGAAGUCCUGGCCAGCCGGAAGGAUUUUAGGAUGAAUACAUGCACCCCGCACCCCAGAGGGGCCUUCAUGUUGGAGCCAGUGGGCAUGUCCCCCGUGGAGACGCUGCUGCCGAAGAACCAGAAGGAGGCUGGGAGGACAGAGGAGCAGCCAAUGGAAGUCUCUCUGUGUGCAGGUCCAGCCCCUAUGCUCAGCAACUGCCCGGAGCAGGAGCCAGAGCAAGCAGCAGACCCCUCUCCAGAAGGCCCUCUGCCCAGGGGUGAGGAUGACGAUGUGGAAGAAGACAUGGCAGAGCCCUUUGAAGCCCCUGUGGGACCUCCAGAGCCCAGCAGCCCGCAGCAGAGUGCUGCCCAGCCCAGGAAGUACAUGCUGCGGGAGAGACAGGAGGUCCUGGACCACGCAUCACGGGUAAAGGAGACUUCAGACCCAUGGCAGAAUCUGGAUCCUUUCGACUCGCUAGACUCUAAGCCCUUCAAGAAAGGCAAGCCUUACUCAGUGCCCCCCAGCGUAGAGGCCACAGGACAGAAACGCAAAAGGAAAGGUGCCACCAAGCUGCAAGACUUUCACCAGUGGUACUUGGCAGCCUAUUCGGACCACGCAGACAGCAGGAGGCCCCGGCAGAAAGGCCCAUCCUUUGCAGAUAUGGAGGUCCUGUACUGGAAGCAUGUGAGGGAGCAACUGGAGACCCUCCGGAAGCUGCAGAGGAGGGAGAUGGCGGAGGAGCAGUGGCCAAGGGCCGAGGAGGGGCUAUGGCCAGAGGAGGAAGACCACCAGGACGACUCCCUGGAGGACCUGGGGGUAGCAGCAGAUGACUUUCUGGAGCCCGAGGGAUGUGCGGAGCCUGAGGGAGCAAGGCUUGAGGAGCCUGUAGACCUGGAAGCAGAGGACAUGCCCAAGUCCCUGAGCUAUGAGGAGCUGGUCCGAAAGAAUGUGGAGCUCUUCAUCACCUCCUCUCAGAAGUUUGUCCAGGAGACAGAGCUCAGCCAGCGCAUCAGGGACUGGGAAGAUACCAUCCAGCCGCUCCUCCAAGAGCAGGAAGAGCACGUACCCUUUGACAUCCACACCUAUGGGGACCAGGUGGUUUCAAAGUUUAGCCAGCUCAACCAGUGGUAUCGCUUUUCGGACCUGGUGGCUGGCCAGCCUGCCUUUGAAGUGUGUCGUGCUAUGUUGGCCACCUUGCAGCUGGCUAACGACCACACAGUGGAGAUCACCCAGCAGCCAGGGUUGGAGGCGGCCGUGGACACCAUGUCCCUGAGACUGCUCACACACCAGCGGGCCCACAAGCGCUUCCAGACCUACGCUGCUCCUUCUAUGGCCCAGCCCUGAGUGACGUCCCCCCUUCCUUCCCCCAGAUGUGGAGAGGGCUCUGCUUCUCCCUCCCUUGUUUCCUGGCUGGCCCAGUCUAAUAAAGAGGUGUUGCCAUUC